UUGUAUUUGAAUUUUUUGAAUCCUAGAUUCUUAAUAGCCUCAUACCGAUUCGAAUAGCAAACGAGUAUAUAUUACGGAGUAUUUGAUUGGUUUACCCCAUUUUUCGUAACUAUGUCACCCCUAUUUAUCGUCUUCUACAAGAAAUUAAAGUCAUACCACGCAGACUUCACCGAAAGUAAGAUACAAGUAUAAGGUUUUGAUUUUGAUUAGUUUUUUUAAUCUGGUAGCGAAAAAAUGUGGAUAUUUGGAAGGAGAGGGCUAUCUGGUUUCUCAGGUUCAUCAACGGCUGAGGAAGUUACUCAAGGAAUAGAUGGAACCGGCCUUACUGCCAUUGUUACAGGAGCCUCAAGUGGUAUUGGUGUAGAGACUGCCCGUGUCCUUGCCUUGCGUGGUGUACAUGUAAUUAUUGCAGUUCGCAAUGUGGAAAGCGGUAAAGAAGUACAACGAAGUAUAGCUAAACAGAUUCCUAAUGCCAAAGUUGAUGUCAAGGAAUUGGAUCUUAGCUCCAUGGAAUCUGUUAGAAAGUUUUGUUCAGAAUAUGACUCCUCUGGUCUACCCUUGAACCUCCUCAUUAACAACGCAGGGAUUAUGGCUCUGCCAUUCACGCUCUCUCGAGACAACGUUGAAUUGCAAUUUGCAACUAAUCAUGUUGGCCACUUUCUUUUGACAAAUCUUUUAUUGGAAAAGAUGAAACAUACAGCUCGUGAGAGCCAGAAAGAAGGGAGGAUAGUCAUUGUUUCUUCAGAGGCACAUCGAUAUCCAUACAAGGAAGGAAUUCGGUUUGAUAAAAUUAAUGAAAAGGAAAGUUACAGUCCUUGGUAUGCUUAUGGACAAUCAAAGCUUGCAAAUGUAUUGCAUGCUAAUGAACUUGACAGGCACCUUAAGGAAGAAAGGGUGGACAUUACUGCUAAUUCGCUUCAUCCAGGAGCAAUCACCACAAACCUUUUUCGUCAUCUCAGUUUCAUCCAUGGUGCUGUCAAUUCCAUAGGCAAAUACUUGCUCAAAAAUAUUCCACAGGGAGCAGCGACUACGUGCUAUGUGGCAUUACACCCGCAAGUCAAGGGAGUAAGCGGUGAGUACUUCUCAGACAGUAACAUAGCCAAACAGAGCUCUCACGCUAAGGACCCUGGUUUGGCCAAGAAGCUAUGGGCGUUCAGUUUGAAUUUGAUAAGCUCCUAAUAAUGAUGGGUUGAGCUUUUGAGUUGAACAAAAUGAACUCAAUAAUGGUUCAGUAUAUGGAAUUGCAGAGUUCAAAAGGUGGUUCACUUUUUAUAUGUUUUAUUAUAUUUCCAUUAAGAAUGACAUUUACAAUUUGAGCACUACUCUGUAAAUCACUUAUUUGGUUGGAUAGUGUCAAGGGCUGUACUCGGGAGCAAAGUAAGUUGUGGUGGGUCGGUAACAAAGAUUUUACCAUAAAAAGUUUUAGGGUAAUUCUAUAUACACUCCCCCUUUUAUUAAAUACACACACCCCGUUUCGGUAAUAGUAUCUUUUCUUCAUAAACCCAUUUAUGCCUCUGAUCCUAUAAGCCACCACCGUGUGCGCCACUACCAUGGGAAAAGAACGCAGAAACAACGCCAUCUCCAUGAUGAGGUUUGGUGUCACAUCCUGUGUUAAAUACGAACUCAUUCUUUAAAAACUAGACCAUGAAAUUCAAUCGAGAGGAUAAAGCUGUGAUCCGGAGAGAAAGAAUCUACGACGAGCUUCUCCCUGUGGUGUUGAUGCAACGGAUUGAGCUUCUGAAUUUGACGAUGACCAGUGUAGAAUCCUUCUAGAGUUGUUGCGAUUGGUCAUGGCAAUUGCUCCCGAUCGAUUGCCGGUGCAAAAAAGAUGAACAACUAUAUUUUUGAUUCUGCUAUUGUAAUAAGAAGGCCACAAAGGAACCAGAAUCCUGAAGAGGCGUAGACUGAUUUUCGGCCAGAGGAGGGAUCCGCUUUGUUGUCGUUUGAAAAUUGGAACGCCGUCUUCGCCAGAGAAGAUGACAAUGCCGCUGUUGAAGGUCGGUGGUCGGAGAAGAAGAUGAAAGGUGAUGCUGUCGGAGGUCAGCGUCAUCCAACAGUUGAUUCCGUCGGAGUUUAAGAUGUUGCCGCCGGCGGUCAGUGGUCAUAGGCUGAACUUGAGAUCGAUUUUGGAUGAAGUGUGGGCUGCAGCGGGCUAUGGUGGAGAUUCGGAGUCGUCGUCGUUGCUAUUGAUUUCUUCUGGAUUUGCUUUUCUCGUCACCAGAGAGUAGGCUUCCCUAGUCUUCUUAUGUGUAACACAGAUGAGGUGAUGAAAUGAUAGUUAUGUGUUGAAAGGGUAAUUCAGAGAUUUGAUUAUUUUUAAUUAUUCUUAUUUAAUUUGGUGGAUGUGUUUAGUAAAAAUGAGGCUGUGAAUAGAAAUACCCAAAGUUUUAUACUUAUAAAUUAAAGUACAAUCUUUUUUCAAAUUUGAGGUGG